AAAUGAUCCGAGAGCUGGAGAGCCAAGGGGUGGUCAGCAAGACCCACUCACCCUUCAACAGCCCCAUCUGGCCUGUGCGUAAAUCUGAGGGAGAAUGGAGAUUGACGGUGGACUACCGUGCAUUGAAUGAAGUGACUCCACCACUGAGCGCUGCUGUGCCAGACAUGCUGGAACUCCAGUAUGAGCUAGAGUCCAAGGCAGCGAAGUGGUAUGCCACCAUUGACAUUGCCAAUGCAUUUUUCUCCAUUCCUCUGGCAGCAGAUUGCAGGCCGCAGUUUGCUUUCACCUGGAGGGGAGUGCAGUAUACCUGGAACCGAUUGCCCCAGGGGUGGAAGCACAGCCCCACCAUCUGCCAUGGACUGAUCCAGAGUGUACUAGAAAAGGGUGAGGCUCCAGAACAUCUGCAAUACAUUGAUGACAUCAUUGUAUGGGGGAAGACGGCAGCAGAAGUGUUUGAGAAAGGAAGGGAAAUUAUCCAGAUUCUCCUGAAAGCCGGCUUCGCCAUCAAAAAGAGCAAAGUCAAGGGACCUGCUCAAGAGAUCCAGUUUCUGGGAGUGAAGUGGCAAGAUGGACGGCGUCAGAUUCCCACUGAUGUCAUCAACAAGAUCACAGCAAUGUCUCCACCAUCCAGCAAGAAGGAAACACAAGCUUUCCUAGGUGCCAUAGGCUUUUGGAGAAUGCACAUUCCUGAGUACAGUCAGAUUGUGAGCCCCCUCUACCUGGUCACCCGUAAGAAGAACAAGUUCCACUGGGGCCCUGAGCAGCAACAAGCCUUCACCCAGAUCAAGCAGGAGAUCGCUCAUGCAGUUGCCCUUGGCCCAGUCAGGACAGGACCAGAGGUGAGGAAUGUGCUCUACUCUGCAGCCGGGAACCAUGGCUUGUCCUGGAGCCUUUGGCAGAAGGUGCCUGGGGAGACUCAAGGCCGACCACUUGGAUUUUGGAGUCGAAGCUACAGAGGGUCUGAAGCCAACUAUACCCCAACAGAGAAGGAAAUUUUAGCAGCCUAUGAAGGAGUCCAAGCUGCCUCAGAGGUAAUAGGCACUGAAGCACAACUCCUCCUGGCACCCCGACUACCAGUACUGGGGUGGAUGUUCAAAGCAAAGGUUCCCUCUAUGCACCAUGCCACCAGUGCCACAUGGAGCAAAUGGAUUGCUCUGAUCACACAGCGCGCCCAUAUUGGAAAACUGAAUCGCCCUGGGAUUCUGGAAAUAAUUACAAACUGGCCGGAAGGUGAAAACUUUGGUCUUGCUGAUGAAGAGGAAGAAGAAGUGACACGUGCUGAAGAAGCUCCACCAUACAAUGAACUGCCAGUGGAAGAAACUCGCUACGCUCUUUUCACUGAUGGUUCUUGUCGCAUUGUGGGAAUGAAACGAAAGUGGAAAGCAGCCGUAUGGAGCCCCACACGACAGGUUGCUCAAGCUACCGAAGGAGAAGGUGGAUCAAGCCAACUUGCAGAGCUCAAGGCCGUUCAACUGGCCCUGGACAUUGCUGAGAGAGAGAAGUGGCCAAGGCUCUACCUUUACACUGAUUCAUGCAUGGUAGCCAAUGCUCUGUGGGGAUGGCUGGAGAGGUGGAAAGAAGCUAACUGGCAACGUAGAGGAAAACCGAUUUGGGCUGCCGAUGAGUGGAAGGACAUCGCUACCAGGGUAGGGAAGCUACCUGUGAAAGUCCGCCAUGUAGAUGCCCAUGUCCCCAAGAGCAGAGCUAAUGAGGAGCACCAAAACAAUGAGCAGGUAGACCGGGCUGCAAAGAUAGAAGUGUCAAAGAUAGACCUAGAUUGGGAACACAAGGGAGAGUUAUUCCUAGCUCGGUGGGCCCACGACGCCUCAGGUCAUCAGGGUAGAGAUGCCACCUAUAAGUGGGCACGAGACCGAGGGGUGGAUCUAACCAUGGACAGUGUUUCUCAAGUUAUUCAUGACUGUGAGACGUGUGCUGCCAUCAAGCAAGCCAAGCGAGUGAAGCCCCUGUGGUAUGGUGGGCGGUGGUCCAAGUACAGGUAUGGGGAGGCCUGGCAGAUCGACUACAUCACACUGCCCCAAACACGCCAAGGCAAGCACUACGUGCUGACCAUGGUAGAAGCCACCACGGGAUGGCUGGAAACCCAUCCUGUGUCUCAUGCUACUGCCCGGAACACCAUCCUGGGUCUUGAAAAGCAAGUCCUGUGGAGACAUGGAACCCCUGAGCGGAUCGAGUCAGACAAUGGGACUCAUUUCAAGAACAGCCUUAUCAACACCUGGGCUAGGGAACAUGGCAUUGAGUGGGUGUACCAUAUUCCCUACCAUGCACCAGCUGCAGGGAGAGUGGAGAGGUACAAUGGACUGUUGAAAACAACUUUGAAAGCAUUAGGUGGGGGAUCUUUCAAAAACUGGGAGCAGCAUCUGGCAAAAGCCACCUGGCUAGUUAACACCCGAGGCUCUACUAAUCGAGUAGGCCCUGCCCAAUCUGAGCCUUUGCAUAGAGUAGAUGGAGACAAAGUCCCAGUGGUACAUGUCAGAGGUUUAUUAGGGAAGACAGUUUGGAUCAAUUCUGCCUCAAGUACAGACAAACCCAUUCGUGGGGUUGUCUUUGCUCAGGGACCAGGUUCCACAUGGUGGAUAAUGCAAAGAGAUGGAAGAACACGAUGUGUACCUCAGGGAGAUCUCAUUGUUGGGUGAGACCUACGUGUAAAUAUCACUGUUUGCUAAAUGUUACUACCAUUGUCUGUGUAUAGCUGUAUAUUGAAUGUCUGAUGUAUGUGUUUAUAGAGUUAGAAUAUAUAUAUUAGUUUUAGUAGUAAGCUGACGAUAUGGGGAUAAGGGGUGGAAUGUCCUAGGUUGACUAUAUGAUGCUUUUAUCCCCAAUCGUCUUGUUCCGUUUAUGCUGAAUAGGGAUGCUUUGUGGGACCAAGUUACACAAGGUGAAGCAAUGCUGACAAAGCUUUUGUAUCCAUUGAAGACUGCGUGUAAGGCGCUCAUGGCACAUGUGGCACCCGCAGACUGGAAAAAGAAGGAUGCUUGUGCCACUGCAGCAGCUGUGUUGACCCAUCUGUGCCGGCAUUGAGCAAAACACAAAACUCUAAUUGCUGGAGCAGUUCCGCAGCAAGUGGCGGGAGCCGGGGGAGGAGGCUUCAUGGCAGCUUAUUCCCACUGCCUGUCCUCUGGGAGUGCAGCAGCACCGGAGGGAGUUUAGGGGAGCUUCAGGGCCCCGGCACCGUAGCGGUGAGCACAUGGCACAGCCGGGGGAGAGCGGCGAGCGCCGCGCCAUCAUCACAGCGGGUCCGGCAGGACAAGCACGGCUCUCCGCAUGUGGGAAGUGUGAAAAGUGCAUAAUGUAUGGCUCUACGCAGAUAUUUACUAUAUGUAUUUUGCUGUAUUAACAUUUUAUUAAUUUGAUAAAUGUAAUCGUGUAGUCAAAAAGGUAACUUUUGUAGUUGAAAUAGAAUCUAUGUUAUGUAGGAUUUUUUUUUAGGACUUGCAGCGAGAUAGCAGCCACAGGACACCUAAAUCUUUCAGAGAAAAGGGAAUUUAUUGCCCUCUUAUCAGAAGAAACUAACUUCUUCCCCCCCUCGAAGGUGCUGGUGGGAUUAAGAGGAAGAAGUUGACGAUGACCAGACUGAAUCCUUUGUUUGAAUGGAAUUUAUGCAUCAUGUAUGAAGUGUAUGAAUAUGCAACAGGCUGUUGCUUUUAAGAGUUAAUCCUUUGUUAACAAGGGUCCUUUUUUCGGGCUUGUGCUGCCCAGAAAAAGGUACCCGGACGUCCGUAACUCUUUGUUUUUAUUGCCUCAUAUUGUCUUAAUUCAAAUUGUCCAAAUUAUCAUUACUCGAAUUGUAUUACUACUUUUAUAACCAUUUUAUUACUAUUAAACUUUUAAAAUCUUAAAAAAAACCAAGUGAUUGGUGUUUUUCACAGGAAGUGAGGAGGAGAACCAGGGGGCCUGGUGGCACCUACAGGGGCAGCGCCGGUAGGAGCAGCUCCCCGUCCAUGCUCACCGCGCGCUGCAGGAUGUGCUCAGGGAGGCUCGGACACCAUUUUGUGCCCUGGCGGAACCCUGCAAGCUGCCCCAGAGCGACUGUCCGACCUGUGCCGCUCCCGCUACAGCCAGGGGCUCCCAUCUCCUGUGGACUCUUGUGAGCUGAUACUGUGCUGGAGAAAGGACCUGGGUGGAUGGGUGGCCCCUUCCUUGGAGGGGGCUGCAGCAUUUGUGCCAGCUUGUGUGGGGGUGGCUGCAAGCUGGGAAUGUCGUUCCUGCAGCUGGUCUGUGGAACUCUCCUUUAUUUGUUAUUCAGAUGGCAAUUGCUGCACAAUCCUGGGGGGAUUGGUGAUAUUACUGUGCCUAUGGGGGCCUUACAGUCAGGGCUACUGUCUCCUGCAACGUUGCCACUAUCCUGGACCCUCACUGUUAAGAUUUUUUUUUUUACCAUACCACCUUGCAAGUCCCUGCAUUGGUCUGGUUGUUUUUUGUGAUAGAUGCUCCUGUAAUAAUUCUAAAUUGUAAGCUAUCCUUUCAAGCUGAAAUUAUACAAAACCAAUAAUUCUUUUAUGUUUUCAGUUCUUGUCUGUAGACAGAAACAGUCCCUUGUAAUUUUAGGUUGUUUCCCAAGGUUCUGUCUGUUUAAUCACUGUCUCCAUUUACGGGAAGGAGAUGUGUGUUGUUACCAGUUAUUGGGUGUCUUGAUCUGUUCCCUUGUUCUUGAGAAAGAUAAGCUCUUGUGAAAUCAUGUUUGUAACCCAUAUGUUUUUUCAAAGUACCCUUUUAAUCAUUGAGACUGAGUAGCAGAAAUUUUGUCCCACUUGAAGAAACUGGAAGAACGUCUCCCACCUUGCUGCUUCCCCGAUGUGGAAAAGGUUACCACUGGAAUGAAAGAUGGUAACCCUCUCACCCGGCAGCAACUUCUGACUUAGGGCUUGUUAUCUUUUGAAACCACUUAGGGAGUUAAUAUAAUUGUAAUGUCCUAGGCCUGGAUUUAUAUACCUUCUUUGAAGGAAAAUGGGCAAAUUUAGGUAUUGUUAAGUUUCCUGCAGGUGAUUUAGUUGCACUUGUGAAAAAUGCAUAUUUUAUGGUUGGCUUUUUGCAAAUAUUAAAAUGAAUAUUAUAUGUGUUAUGUUAGAAAGUUAUGCUGUAUUAAUUUUCUUAAGUAGUGUGUUAAAUAUUGUUUUAGGUUAUAACAUAAUGUUAAAAUAGAAACUAUGUAUGUGGAUUAUUUUUUUAAAGAGAGGAAUGAGGUACUCACACUGAGAUAGCAGCCACAGGACACCUAAAUCUUUCCAACAAAAAGAAUUUAUUGCUCCCUUAUCAGAAGAAACUAACUUCUUCCCACCUUGCUCAGCCCUGAAGGCACCGUCAGGAUUAAGAGGAAGAAGUUGACACUGACCAGACAGAAUCCUUUGUUUGAAUGGAAUUUAUGCAUCAUGUAUGAGAUGUAUGAAUAUGCAACCGGCUAUUGCUUUUAAGGGUUAAUCCUCUGUUAAUGUGUGUCCUUUUUUGGGUUUAUUUUGCCCAGAAAAAGGUACCCGGACUGUCCGUAACUCUUUGUUUUUAUUGUCUCGUAUUGUCCUAAUCCUAAUUGUCCAAAUUUUUAUUACUCUAAUUAUAUUAGUAUUUUUAUAACCAUUUUAUUACUAUUAAACUUUUGAAAUUUUAAAAACAAGUGAUUGGCAUUUUUCACAAUUAUGGUAGCAGAAGAUGGUUACCAUCACCUUGCUGCCAGUGCUUCAGGAGAGUCAGGGUGAGUAAGGAGUGCCCUGACUGAUUUGACAGCCUCUCUCUGUUCCUUCUAGUGUGACCAACAGAUGCUGAUGGAAAUGGUAAUUCCCCCUCUCCCCUGUACAAUUCACAGGCUAAGAUCAGAAUAUAAGAACACUGGCUAAAACAAUCCUGAUCCUUCUGUCUGAAGUAUUCCUUCGCAAGGAGAUGUCGGCAGCGUCUCAGGGUUUAUUCAGGCAGUGCUUGAAACCAGUGAUGUAAGCUUUGCCUUAUUUCAUAAUUAGGUGUUAUUCUUUGUACAUUCCUUGGAUCAUUUGGGUUUUCCCAAACCAUCACUACUGAGCCAGCCCACUCCUGAGACCCUGCCGCUUGUAUGAGAGCCGCUAAACACUUUCUAGCCUUGAUAACCCUUAGUUAACAUAGCUUCUUUUUCUCUUCAAGGAGGGUCUGUUCUGUUAAACCUUCUCCGGAGCCCAUUUCGGCAUUGAACAACCUCCUAACAACCAUGUGUUAAGACACUUCCCUGCUCUUCAUGCAGAAACUGCAUUCAUACUCUUGUCCUCCUCCAGCACCAAGACAUCCACAUUCUAAUAUCCCAGAGUCUGCUAAACACCCCUCCCCCUUCUUCAACUUCUCUCUUUCUUCUCUUCUUACUUUCUUUCCUUUUCACUAUAUUUUUCGCUUUUCUUUGAUUCAACACACCUCGGACUGUACGAGGUGUACACACAAUUAGUUUACUUCCAAAAGUAAGCUUACAACUUUCUUUUACUUGGAUUGCAGUAGCUGUUAUAGCUUGAAUACAUACUGGCUAGCCGUGGCUUACUGGGUUCAACAUCUUUGAUAAAUAAGCUACUGGUCUCUACUCUUCCCUACUAUUUGGCCAAUCCUAGGGAAUCACUGAAGGAGUGGGUAACCCUGGCUGGAAGGCACCCAUAGGUUCCAUCACCCAAUUUUCUGCACUGAGAUCUUGCAGUAGUUGCCACUUCCCUGAUUUUUUUUGGUAUCACUAAUGUGGGGGUGUUCCACGGAGAUGUGGAUGGCACAAUAUGUCUCAAUUAAAUUGUUCAUCAACAAGCUUUUUAGCUUGUGUCAAUUUUUCCCCUUUCAAGGGCCACUGAUCAACCCAAACAGGUGUAUCUGUUUUCCACCUCAAUUUGAGCAGAGAAUUUAUAUCAGUGACCCAUUUGCUAAAUUUGCUGCAUUCAUAGCAAGAUUAACAUUCCAUUGAGAAAUUCAAUCACAACCCCACAGUGUAAAUUAAGAAAGUAAAACAAAUAGUUUUAAAGUUGCUCAGUGUCCGUUUGGCCCUAUGACUGUAAGAAUAAGCGCACUUCAUCUAGGGGCUUGAUACCCCCCAAUGCCUUCCACUAAGGCAUCAGCUGUUUUAAGAGGCCACCGUGAUGGAAACAUUUGCAUAGGUGUCAAGUAAACCUGUAAAAAUGUGUCACUUAACUGUAAAGUUAGUAAGGGCUUUUCACUUGUAAUUAGUUGGAGCCAGUGAACGUUUACAACAUUGGUGCUGUUGAACCCACCAGUUCCUCUGACUGCAUCUUUCAUUGCCAGGACGAAAAAGAAAGCAAAAGCAACUGUGAAAUUUUUUUGGGUUUUGAGAUAAAACAAGGUUGUGGGAACUCAGCACAUCACUCCGGAUGUCCAGAGCUACCGAGAGAACCCUUGGGGGGGCUCAGAGGUCUUGGAAUGUUGCCAAAAGCACUUAGUGGCUUGAUUUUGAUCCUUCUAGGGAUGUUCCACCUGUGUAUGAGGAAAUGAGACCUGUGUAUAAGGAGAUGAGAAUCACUUGGGUUUGAAUGGUGCAGGAAUGAUAUAUUUACAGUGUGAAAUAUAGGGUUUAGGAUUUUGGUACAGGGGGGUUAUGGAGACAAGAUGGAGGGAACAGGGUGUGUCACAAGGUUCUUCUUUCUUCUUCUUGUCAUCCAUCUUCUGUGUGAUGUUGGCACUUGUGGAUUGGUCUAUGGCUAAGGUGCACUCGGUAAUAAGGGUGAUAGGUAUUGGGAAUGAAAGGUAAAUAUGAUGUACGUAGUUUUUACUAUAAAAAGAUGCG